UCGUGGCAGUAUUCAGACAAACGAUUGCAGUUUGGUGCUCUUGAUAUUGAAUAGUUUUCACCAAAAAUUCGUUAAUUUUCGUGGUUCCUCGUCGUGUUUGUGUUCUCGUCGUGUUUAGAAAAAAUUUUUCCUCCACGGCCCACCGACACGUAAAGUCCCCUUUUUCCGAACACACGAUAAACAGUGCCACCUGGUGGUAUAUUAAUAUUUCCAUAGUUUGUUGGCGUUUGGUUGCGUUCGAGUCAGUUGUGUUCAACAUAAAGCGCAAGGCGAUUUGUACCGGGAAUUUUUUGCUGUUAAACAGCAAAAUUUUGUUGCUAAAUCGCCUCUAAUAAGUGUGAAUUGCGCAAUUAGUGUUGUGAUAUAAAAAAUGUCUAUCAAUUCGUCUAUUGUAAAUUGAUUAUUGUUACUGGUAUAACAAUUGCCAGCAAUGUAACCGUGUUGUGACGUCACACGGUUAAUCAAGUGCACACACAGACACGCGCGUGAACCAGAGUUUGUUAAAAAAGGGAUUAUAGUUUGGGGGAGAAAAGAUUGAAAUCAAAGUGUUUUAAAACACUGUGUAAAUUGUAAAAAAAUGGAGUAAAUGGGGGAAUAGUGAAGUAAAUGGAGAAUUCGGGUGUAAAAUAGUGUGAGAGAGAAAGGACUAUAGUCUUUGAAGGACAGUUCUGUGUCUUUUACUAAUACAUUGAGAAACGUCUCACACGCAGGCGUCCAACCUAAAAAAAUAUACCGCUCGCCAAGAGGACGACGUCCUCGCUCUUUUGGUCAGAGAUCGACGACAUUGCGAUUAUUGCCUCGUGUUUUAGGACUGUUGGGAUUUAUUUUCUGUGAUUGUGUAUUUAUAUAUAUAUAUGUACACACGUGUAAACGAAGUUUUUUCGCAAACUGUGGCGCCGCGAAUGAAUACUGUCCAUAACCUACACGAACCGGUGGUGUGUGCAGUCGAGCGAAGCACUAAAGCAGAGUCUCUCAGGCCUGUGAAAUCGAUUGACAGGAAUGCAGGCGUUUAAUCAACCAGUGAGAUUUUCGGCUCGUGAAAGAAGGUCGUCGUCGUGUAUUUUAUUUUGACAGUGUUUUUUUGUGUCUGUGUGCGUGUGUCAUUAAAAAUAUAUUGUAUAAAAACCGCGCAACGAAACGCAUGUGUUUCGAAAUGUCUUCUGUGAACGGUCAGACGAAUGAUUCGCGCAAGGAGAACAACGCGUGGACCCUGUACGCCCCGUUUUCUUUCACCUAGUGUUAGUGGACGGGUCGCUGGAUAAGGAUUAAGUCAAGUUCGUCGCGCUUCGAGAACAGUGCGCGACAAAUUUCUUCUAAUUGUUGGAAAUUUUCCUGUUUUUUUUUUGUUGGUUCUUUUUUUUUAUCAUUUUUUCUUUUUUCUCCUUGGCAUAUAGUGUGUGCGCGUGUCUAUGAGCUUCUAUCACGAAUGUCUUGAUGCGCCCCUGAAGAUGAGUGAUUCUUUGAAAGAUCCUUCAACUGGAGUUGUGAGACCAAGACGCAAACGCUGACGUAAAAUCCAAAGAGAUUCAGGAUCAGCGGCGAAAUCGGGACCCUAUUUCGGUUUUGUUUUAAGGACCGGAACUGCCUGAUGAUCGAGACAAGAAUCACGACCUCCGUGAAUUGCAUGAGAUUGUCGAAAAUUGACACUCGUCUCCCCUGAACUUGAAUAUUCAAGAAACCGGUGUAUAUUUGUGUUUGUGUAAAUUUAAAAGAGAGAGAGAGAGAAGGGUCAGGAACUCGGAAAGUGAGAUCUCGUCUGUUGUUAUCCUGAUGAUACAAAACUAAUCCUCAUUUUUCACGAGGUUCGACGUGUCUCUGAAAACAAAGGUCUUGAAUCGAGACUUGAUUUUUAAAGGAAGAAAAAAGAGAAAAUAGUCGAAGGAAAGAAGAGAAAGAGAGAGAAAAUAGUCGAAAGAGGAAGAAAAAGAGAGAAAAUAGUCAAAAGAAGAAAGGAAAGAGAGAAAACAGUCGAAAGAAGAAAAAGAGAGUUGAAUCGAGAGGAGAAAUAAAAACGAGAAAAGAGUAAGAAGAGAGAAAGAGAGGUUUGUUGGAUACCCGGAGGACAAAAGCCGAAAUAAGUAGGCGGUGAAGAAAAAGGAAGGAGAAAAAGAAGAAGAAGAAGAAGAAGAAGAAGGAUUGUGUCUAUCUCUCUUCUAAGAGAGGGUUUCGUUUUUGAACGAAAAGAAGGCUUCCCUUCGCAUCUGGCGAGAAACUUCCAGGAAGGAUUCUUCGUUGCUGCAAACGUUUCAGGAAGAAUAAAUUGGAACGAGAAGGCAGACCAGACCACGAUUUUUGAGAGAGAAAGAAAGAAAGAGAAAGAGUCUUCUCCGUGAGUUCAGUCUAGUUUCGAUCCUAGCUAGUCGUUUAGAAUACGGGGAAACUGGUCCUAGGGCCCCAGACAAAGACAAGAGAGAGGAAGUGAGGGGAAUAUAAAGAAAGGGCGAAUGUUGCCAGACUAGUGUGCCGUGCGUCAAAACUUGGCCCGUGUGGAUUAUAAAACGCAGUGAAGUUUUAAAUUCUCAGUUUGGAAUUCAGUGCGCGAGUGUUUGUGUGUAUGUGUAUAUUUCACGAAAAGAAAGAGUUCUUAUUUUGUAACACACAAAGUUGGUGUUUUUUGUGGUGCUCCUUCUGCUAUUGCUGUUGUUCCUGUUACUGACUUAACUUCUGAUUCUUCUUGCGCUGAAGAGGGACGACCACGUGAUCUUCAUUUGCGCUCAACAACCACAUUCAUUAUCAAGGAGAUCACCCUCAGGAGUUUCACGCCACGCCCACCCUCGAUGAGAGGAGGCACAUGUCCAUUGCUGCCGCUGAAAAUGCAGGGCCUGGCCCGUGUGACCUGCAGGACCCAUUGUGGGUCAAAAUGAGUGCAAUUACUGGCAGUGUCACUAAGAAGAGAAAGAAAUCAGAUGCAAAGCCACAGUCACAAAUCAACAAGUGCCUUAACGAGAAACGACGACGGACCCAGGAGAACCAGUAUAUCGAUGAGCUUGCCGAGCUGAUUUCCGCCACGGAUAUGAGCUCUGGCAAGACUGAUAAAUGUCAAAUCCUCCAGAGAACCGUCGAUCAGAUUCGGCACAUCAGGCAACAAGAGAAUUCCAACAGUCAUGCUGUUCAGCAGGGAGAAGUUUCCUCAUCGAAUCCUAACAUUAUUUCCAACGAUCAAGUUGGCCCUAUGUUACUUGAGGCGUUAGAUGGCUUUCUAUUUGUUGUAAACACUGAGGGGCGCGUUGAGUACGUAACGGAUAAUAUAUCCCAGUAUAUAAAUUAUACUAAAGAAGAUGUGUUUGGAAAGGAUAUUUAUAAUAUAAUUCAUCAUGGAGAUCACAACACCUUCAUGCCUAGUUUGCUGCCAAUGUCAUCAUUAGCAGGCUGGACGAGCGAGCCUCAACCGCAGACAAAGAAUCGUGUUUUUAAUUGUCGCUUUCUAGUGAAGCCUCCCGAUGACAAAGAAGAGACUAUGGAAGAGAAGCAACAACGCGUAAAUAAGUACGAGACUAUGCAAAUUUGUUCUGCGCUUCUUACAAAUAAUAGUGAUCGUCUUGAGAGUGGCGAUGUAUCUUCAGAAUCAUCAGACAUUGGUCCAUGCGUGAUGUGCGUUGCCCGACGAAUUCCCCAUAAUGAGAAACCCAUCACCACCGCCAUCCAACAAUUCACUGUCAAAUUGGACCCGUCUGGCAAAAUCCUCGCUCUAGAUAACAGUUGGUUGUCACAAUCUUACUCUACGUACCUAAACAAGGACCUGGUUGGAACUGCAAUUCAGGACUUGUGUCACCCGCUUGAUCUCAGUGAGCUGACUGCUCAUUUGAAGGGCACGCUGGAAGGCGGCGAACGCUCAAGUCCCAUGUAUCGACUUUGCGUCAGUCAAGACAAAUUUCUCAACGUUAAAGCAAAUUCAAAAUUAUUCAAAGGGACUGAGAUGAGUGGAUACGACACGGACUACGUGAUGUCCAUCAACUCUAUUAUAGGAGACAAUGACUUAACGCCUCUCGAGGGUGGUCAGCUUUCCAACAACAAAUUGUGCUCAGGACACUCUAGUAAUCGUUGUGCGAAUAAUAGUAAUAAUAAUAAUGGUAACAAUAAUAAUAACGUGGGUGGCCCGCUAAUGUCGGUGGCGCAUCUAAACGGUCAAGUGAGUGGUGUCAGUGGUCGUGGUUUGACAUCGCAAAACGCGACAACAUCAAACAACUCGGUAACAUUUAAUACGAGCGAUAAUAGUUGCAAUCCAUUAACAUCGCUCACAACAUCGAGUAAUCCCUUCAACCAAUUUUCCGGGAAUAUGGAUUUGGAGUUUGAACUAUUCCCGAGUUCCACGUGGGACUUGGACAGUAGUAGUGGGUGGGUCGAAAGGCCCGAAUCGAGAGCAAGCGGGCCACCAAAUUCACGACCGCCUUCCCAACCGGCUGCCGCAUCGCCAAGUCCGCAGGGGACGACGACAUUCAACUCGAAUUCAGCGGUGCAACCCUCACACUGCAGUCCCCUGCGUGCGUACAGCCCAACAUCUGGGAAUCCUACCUUCAGUAAUUCGUUCCCAUUCAGUCCACUUCAGGAAUCGCCGACGCCGAUGAACAACAUUGCCGGAGCUGUUGCUGCCGCCGCCGCUGCCGCUGCUGCUGGAGCUAAUGGCGCGACGACUUCUUCGCUGUGCAAACGAAUCGAGAGUCAGGACAAGGGCUGUCCGAGUACGAGUGGAACGAGCGCACCCAAUACGCCAAGUGUCGAGACUCAAAAUAGUGUUGUGUCCACCGAGUCGGUUAGGCUCAGGAACUUGUUAACCAAGGGAGCCAGUGCUAGUGAGGACAGUCAGGACAAUCCUGUUAAUGACGCGGACAAACCGAAUAAGCAUAGGAUAUUAAAGACUUUGUUGAAUCAACAAGACGACGAUGAGUAUCAUUCGGAGCAUAGUUCUAGAGUGCGUACUAGUCCAAGCAGUGCGCCGAAACAAAAUACGGAACAGCCCAACAUUAUGCUUCUCCAGUUAUUAAAUGAGAAAAACGACGACGACGAUGAAGAGGCAAGGGUUGGAUUGAAGAAGAGUAAUGAACUUCUUCAAAAGCUAUUGAAAAACCAAGACGAAGAGAGGAAACAGAAAGAACAAACGAAUCAGGAGGAUGAUCCUCUAUUGAGAAGUCUUGGUUUCCAAAAUACCACGCCGUCACCGUCGCAGCCAAAUGAAAAUUCUCAAGUUCCGCGAAAGCGACCGGGCGAAGAAAUGAAUAUGAAUUCGUCGAUGAAACGACCAAGGGACGGAACGCAUCCCCCAGCGUCUGCUCCAACUUCUACGAACAAACAUUUGUGGGAAAAGAACAAAAUGCUUGCUUCGCUUUUGGCCAAGCAACCCGAGCAACCAACCAAAAUCCCACCGAUCGAUGCAUCUGUGAUAUCAGCGACCCCACAGCUCCUUUUUCAGGACAAACUCCCCCGAGUGACGGAUCGCUUGAAGCAACCGCCGCAACAGCAGCAACAACAGCAGCCAUGGACUACAAGUAGAAUGCAGCAGCCAAUUGGCAACAACACAAUUACCACAACUGCAACUUCGGCCCGUACUCCUCUCCAAAACCUACCUAGACAACAACUACCUCGCCAAGCAGCCAAUGUCUACCUCAGUCAUAUGCUAAGUCAAGUGAGUCAAACGCAGCAACAAAGGCCUCAAGUAGAACAAAUAGAUUCGGAAUUUAUAAGCGGCGGUGAAUAUCGACAACCCAACACAGACCCCAACGUUUGGAAUAAUCAAUCAACUGAUCCUGAUCUUAACGAUAUUUUAGAGCAGUUUGUCGACUUUACUUCCAAUCAGACCAAUGAAGAUUCGUCUGAAACAACCAACGAUUUGCUGAGCGUUGCUGAAGUACCACAUGACAUUGUCGUGAAUGAGACAAUGGCAAUCAACGCCAUACAGAAGUCAUUAAUGCUUAUCGAGGCUAAAGUCAAUUCAACGUCUUCCAGCAUCACGAUACCGGGUACACCUCCAGCUUAUUCCACAGCGUUGGGCAAUGCGCCUGUUGUUACAACAAGCCAUAAUUAUCAAGCGGCGGCAUUGUAUCAACAGCAGCAACAGCCAAGAAUGAGAUUUAAUGCCCAGCCGGGAAUUCGACAGAGCGCUGCGCAAUUUACGCCUCAACAACAAUUGCACAUACAGCAACAACAGAGGAGUAAUCUUAUUCAGCAACAACAAAUGAAACAACGAUUGCUCCAGCAACAGCAACAACAGCAGUUGCUUAUACCUUCCAAUGCUACAGCUACGGACCAAAUAAACACUGGAAUUCAUAACAUUGACAGUUUAUUGAACAACACUGUUGCUCCAAAUGUAUCUCUACAGAGGUCAAGUGUAACGGAUUCGCAAGUGUCUCCAGGAUAUGGGGGUUCCGUCCAAAUGCCUUCUGGGCACCGGCUUGCUCACUCCUAUUCUCAUCCUUCCACGUUAUCUCAGCACCCCGUAAAUAAUAACUUCAGUAGUGGCCAGCAAGUUUCCGCGACGGCGAGACUAUCGCCGCACUCUCCUGCUGGCAUUCUCUCCUUCUCUCAUCCGCAACCUCUGUCGCCUCGAGUCUCGCAGGGCAAUUAUGGUAACAGUCCAAGAAUGUUUAACGUUAAUCAAGUUCGACAACAGCAACAACCAACAACCCAGCAACAACUUCAACAGCAACAGAGAUCGAUGCCUUCACCUGGAACACCAGCGUCGGCGCGGCAGUCGCCAUUCCCCGCUGAAACUUUCCCACCGCCUGCAAGUCCCACUGCUAGCCAGUUUCCCCCUGUUCAAAUCCCAAACGCUAACAAUCCUUCCACGCAGUACAGACUCCAGAGAACUACGUCUACUCCAUCGGCCACUACACAGUUGCCAGGUGGAAUUGGUUCACCGCGUCAUUAUGGUGGAGUAAAUAAGGAACAGGCUCUUUUAUCACCUAGUCAUCCCCACUCGGGUUGUCCCGCAACACCGACCCAUAAUCAGCAUAACGUCACCAAUACCCAACACUUCUCCAAUCAGCAACACUCAUCUAUGAUAUAUCACAACACCGCCAAUACUAUCAACACUGCUGAUGUACAGAAUCAAAAUCAGUACUGUUAUGAUCGGACGUCCGUUCCACUCUAUCAAAUGGGGCCUGGGGAUGGGCAGGACACUAGGCCUCUGCCUCCCAGUAAUCCUGCUAGUCACCAAAUGGGUGGAAAUGCGAGCAGUACUGUUACAAUGACAUCGGAGUUUGUUCGUCAAGAGCUGAGAGCAAUUGUCGGUGCCAGGACGCAGCAACAACAGCAAAGGGUGCCUAAUAGUCUUCAGAAUAACUUGUCUGGUCAAGUUUCUCAGGAUGAUCUCGACGCUCUUGGACUUACUUUCGAGAUGUCUUCUGCAGGUGAGCCUGUGGUUAGCGAUGGCCCUGCAAAGAGCUGGGCCAUUGGGAGUGCCGGAAGCGCCCCCUCCUCCUCCAGGACUACUAUCGAAGAAGUGGCCCAAGGUGAUCCAAAAGCGUCACUGUUGCAGAAACUUUUAUCCGAGUGACUGCUGGCUAGCAUCUCGCGAAUGAAGGAAAUAUAUGUAAUAUAUAUUUGAGUGAUGAAAAGAGUAUAUACAUACACACCUACAUUUACAUAAAAAAAAACACUAUACGUAACGGAUACUAUUGUAUUAUAUGUAAUACUACACGUAAAAGCAGUAUACAGAUAUGUAUCCCCAAGUACAAUGCGAACAAUCACACAAAAGGUUUCGAUAAAAAAUAUUUUCCCAGAGAGAGAGGAAUUGUGUCCCGUGAAAGAAAAAAAAUGGAUUUCACAUUUUCAGAAAGAUAUUUUUCUGUAAAAAAAAAGAAGAAGAAGAAAGUAGUGUGGACCCUGUAGUUGCGGGCAAGAUUUUCUAAAAAGGAAAACAAAAAUUUCCUUUCUAAAUAGGGAAAAAUAGUUAUUCUCCCGCGGAUAAAAAAAGAAGAAAUUGCAAAUGAAGAGAGAAAUUAUUUUUAAAAAUGAAAUUUUCUCGUGAUGGCAGAAAAUUGUUUCUGAAAAAAAAGGAAAAAUUUCCAAGUGAAGAAGAGAAUUUGAAAAAACCACUUUCCAAGAGAAUUGCAAUUUUCACGAGAAGAGGAAAAACUAUUUUUUUUUUGUUGUGUGUGUGGAGAGGAAGGAUAACUUUUUUGUGAGUACAAAAAGAAUUUAUUACAAAAAAGAGGUUAUGGAAUUUUAUUUUUGGUGAAAGGAAACGGGAACACGGGAGGAAAUUGUUUGGGAAAAUUUUUUUUCUCACGCGAAGAGAAAAUUAUUUUUUAAUUCUUUUAAAGAAUUUAAAAUUGGAUAGUUUUAAAAACUAUUAAAUUUAGUCUAAAUUAAAUU